GUAGCUGCACACGCAAAGUGAUAAGAGACUGUGCAGGAUGCAAUGAAAAGAAAAAGGGAGGGAAAAGGUGAGAUGGGGGAGUGACGGAGAGAGGUGGAGGGAGGAAGACCUGGAGGCUGCAGGGCAGAGCAGAGAGAGCGGCAGAGGAAGAAGCACACACCUGGAGUUCAGAAACAUACUCAAAAAGUAGUGAAACCCCAUUUAACAAGAGGAUCUUUCAAAUCUACAAUCCACAAUGUUAAUGCGGUCUCAUUCAGAGAGAAGAGCCCUCCUUGGGUUCACAGCCCUGCUGACCCACAGCACUCCAAAACAGAGAGAUGUGACGUCUCCACCUCCCCUAUCCUUCACCCCACGGGAGUCCAUCUUUACGCCCAUAUCUCUUACUUCACCACCUCCCUGGGUGACUCAAGCCCUUUCCAACCUGGAGCAAGGGGAGCAAGAACUGCUGAGCCUCAGCGAGCGACAGCAGGCCGAAGUGGAGGAGGUGAACCGUGAGUUGGACAAUGCUGCGAUUGAAGCUCAGAGAGAGGAGCGUCGCCUUCUUGAGAAGGUCGAGCAGGACCACAGAGAAGCCCAGCAGCAUCUUAUUCAGGUGAAGAGGGAGAAUGCUGCAGCGGUGCGAGUUGUGCAGUCACUUGUUGACCAGCAACUUAGAAAAAUUGGACAACUGAAGGAGCAGAUACAAAGAUGGGGCAGUACCGCUGGUGGAUCCAACAAACAUCAGCUCCAAAGAGGAGUGGCAGAGGUUACCCAACCUUGGGAGAUCUCUCUAACAAUGAAAAGGGUCAGUUUCUUACCAAGCCCUGGGUCCAAGACCUUAAACUUAGGGGAAGUUGAUGUUCGAGAGCAAGGUAUGACCUACCCAAUUGGUGUCUGUGGUGUCCAAGGACAAAAGUGUGCCUUGCACUCAGGGGAUAAAGCAUUUUCAAACAUUACCCCUCUUGAAAUUCGAAAGGAACCACAACCAAACAGAUCUGGGCAAAGGCACAGUUCAGAGGAGAGCAAUAAGGCAAACAGUGGGAACAUGCGUGUUGUCCGGAAACUACGUCUGUCAAGCUCUACGGAGAAUGAGGAUGAUCUCAAAUCACCCACCUUGAGACAUCGUGGUGUAUCUGAAUCAUCUCAAGAUGAGGAAGUAGAGUCUGUGUGUUCAGAAGGACAAGACCUUUUCCUUGCUAUUCCACCGGUCUCCAGUCAUGGAGAAUCUGAAGGUGAUGAAUCUGAUGGCAGAAAAAAUGGAACAAAGAGGCGCUCCAUACUGAAGGGUAAGAGAAAGCAAAAGGCCCUUGUCUUGGUCUCAUGUGAAGAACCAUCCUGCCCGCCUGAAGAAACUGAUGCAAAAAGCAGUUAUGUGGCAAUAUCUCCAAAGACUAGGCGCAAAGGUUCUCUCUCCAAUCAGAGUCCUGCAGAUCUUUCCACUAGACAUCCUCCACUUUCUCCAUACACCCUACCCAAGACAAAGACCUCAAAUGAAUCUUCAAUGGACAGUGGAAGCCCUCCAUCCCCAGUGGACAGUGAGGAUUCCUGUUACACCUAUACUGUGAAUACUCCAGUCAAUGGAUCCCUCAAGCAAGAGCCCUGCCGCUCAAUGUCCACCACUGACCUCUCAAGUAAACUUCGCCCUUUGGUUAAAGGUGACAAGGGCGAGCGCAGAGGAACCAGGAAGGUUAACAGAAUGCGUCUUGCCUCUGAACCUUCAACUCUUGAACAAAGCCAAGGAAAUGGUAAAGAAUGUGACAGGAACACCAUGAGUUCUGAUGAACGACAAUCAAGAUCUCAGACUCGUGUUACACACAGUUUAAGUUUAAACCGCGUGAGCAGAUCUCUGUCCAUGUCAGCCAUUGAAGGAGACAAAUUACAUCAAGGCAAGGAAUCACAGCAAUACAACAAGGGCAAGAAAGAGAGAGUUGUGCCAGUUUUGGGGGAACUGGAGGAAGAGGGCGGUUCAACUGCGCUUGACUCAGCUUAUCUGGUCAAACAGUUUGGAAAACAAGGAUCAGGUCGCACGGACUUCAACCUACCAAGUGGUAUCCAUGCAACUGUCAAAGGGCAACUAUUUGUGGUGGAUUGUGGAAACGCCCGUAUUCAGGUGACUGAUCUCGAGAAGAAUGUUGUACAGCAGGUGUCUCCUUCGGGAUCAGAAAGGUCUUCCCGCAUCUGCAACUACUUUGACGUGGCUGUGAACUCAAAGGGCCUCAUUGCCCUGACCUGUGCUGCUGAACGAGCUGUGUUGGUGUUCAGCCGUCAUGGACGCCUCCUGCAAACAUUUGGAGGCACAUUGAUUGGUUCCACCAACGAAGAGCUCGAUGCUCCUAGAGGAGUGACUGUUACCCGUCAAGAUGAGUUCUUGGUUGCUGACAUCAAGCGUGGCACCCUAACUUCCCUCAAGCUAGACCCCAAAACCGGGGCCAGAUUGGAGCGCACAGUGGUGACCGGGUACCACAGACCCUACCUGGUGGCAGCCUGUGUCACUACUGGGCUCAUGGCAGUAUCCGAACGAGGAAAUGAGACUGGACGUGUCCCAUGCAUCCGGGUCCUGGAGCCUGGUUGGAACACUAUCCGAAUCGUAGGGGUGUGUUCUGGCCUGGGGCCUGUUCUGACCUGCCCUUGGGGUCUCUGUAUUGACAAUGAUGGGGAUGUCAUGGUGGCAGACUGGGGCAAGCAGCACCACCGAGUUCUUUUUUACCCAACCAAAGGGGUUGGGUGGCCUCUGGUGACCGAUAACCUAAGUAGCCCAAGGGGCCUGGCCCUGCUCCCUGAUGGCCGCAUGGUCGUGUCAGACAGCAUGAAUCAUUGCAUCAAGAUCUACUGCUAUAAGUGAAUGUAGAGGAUGACGAACACAGAUAUAGAAAAUUGAGUCAAGAGGGUUGAAUAAUAAUGUAAUAGCAGGCAAUAUCCUUGGGAAUAUAUAAUGUGAGUUUCUCUGAGUAUAACUUACAGCCACUACCUCCUACCUACUUUAAUUUGAUAAGAUGAAGUUUGAUGAGAUUUUAAAUUGAUGAUAGUACUUUAUGCUUUUUUCAUUAUGAUAAUCUGUAGAUGCAAGGCAAAUGUAGAAGAUUAGCACUUUUUUUCUUUACAUCUAUUCAGUACAAAAGAUAAAAGUACUAGUGCAUGCUGUUAUAUUACCCUUGAUUGUUUCUAAUGUUUUUUUUUCUUGAUUAAUCUACAGUAAAGCAUGGUAAAUAAUUAAUGUUAUGUGUCUGAAAUUGUGUGAAUUAUGCCCAUAUGGCAAAACAUUUAAUUAAUAAAUAAUUAAGACAAAUUUGAGAACUCUCAGUGUGAUCAGCAGAUUAACCAAUUUAGUUGGCUUAAGCUUGUGAGGAGCGUAAUGCUUUUUGUACUGUCAAUUUCUCUGACUUUAAAUGAUUAAACUUUGAUUUAAAUCUAA